CGAAGACGUUGAGUGGGCUCCUGCAAUGGUACGGCCCAGAUAUGAAGCAGAUUGUUUUUUUACCAAAACGAUGAAUCCAGUGUUUGAUGAGACUAAUAAAUUGAGAUUCGCGCGAGACGAUGGAGGGGCCUCCGGCGAACGAUUGGUGCUCUAUUUGCCAUGGAAGCUUUAACGUUCCUUGCCAAGCCAAUUGCUCUCAUUGGUUCUGCGGUAAUUGUAUUAUGCUUGUUUGGCAUCAUGGAUCCACAUUUCACCCAUGUAAAUGCCCCCUGUGUCGACGUCCGAUUACAUUGUUGGUUCCUGGUGAGGCUUCAUUAAGGGAGCGUCAUAACUCAGCAGUUGCUGAGAUUCUGGAAAAGGUUGAAAAAUACAACCAUUACUUUGGUGGACAAUCCAAUGGUCUCAUUCAGAGACUGCAAGACCUUCCUUUUCUGCUCCGCAGGUUGUUACGAGAAAUGACAGAUCCUCAAAGAUCUCUUCCUCUUGUUAUUAGAGCUCGUGUAUAUCUUGCAAUGUUCUUAAGUGCCAUCUACAUUUUCAGCCCCAUAGAUAUUAUUCCUGAAGCAAUCUUGGGGAUAGUUGGCCUCUUGGAUGAUCUUCUUAUAGUUAUCGUCUGCUUUCUCCAUGUUGCUGCCAUUUAUCGGUCUGUUCUUUACUAUCGUCAUGGAGGUUCGUAAAGUUGAUUGGAGCAUUGGAUAAAGGAAAGCUCACUAGUUCUUCACAGAAAGCUAAACACAUCAUAAGUUGGAAAGUGUAUAGUGGUAUGCAUGGUGAAUUAAUUUUAGAUUAGUUUCAAGUAGUUGCGAGUGUAGUAUUACGCAGUUGUUUAUACCUGUGCAUUUGACUGAUGUUGAUAACUGUUAUAAAACCUUUUUUAUUCUCCA